AAUGUGAAAUUAAAGAGAACAGUCUGUACCACAGUUACAGGUUUGUAUAAAAACUAAUUCCGGGCGUGUGGAAUGUUUUCCUGGUUUGUAGCUUUGGUUAUAGGGAAGAUAUCACGAAGAUUUGUUUUGACGGAUAAUCACACUGUUUCCUCAAUUGUUGUGCCGGACACUGUUGUGGCGUGUUUUACGUAGGCAUUGUGCACAGCGGUAAGGAUAAAGAGCAAAUCAAUGGCGGAGAAUGCGGAUGGAGGGCCAUUACCCCCUGGAUGGGAUCGUAAAUAUGACCACAGAACAGGCAGAUACUAUUUCAUCAACUACUUCAACAAAACUACAACGUGGGAUGACCCUCGAUCACGCUAUAAGCAACUGGCUCAAAACAUUCCACAGCAUGUACCUGUUCUUGAGUCUAUUCCAUUACAGCACGGAUCUCCUGACUCGCGCCGUUACCAUGUAUACCCCUCCAAUUCUUCAAUCCUUCCCCCCCAGCCUGCAUUUCAGAGUCCUGUGGGUCAGCUGCAUUCUGCAACAUACUUGCAGGACCUAACAAACAUGCGACCAAGCCCUGUUGCUGGUCGACCUGGCUUUGGAACACCAUAUUCAUCUCCUGCACGGAGUGCAACAGCUACAGCACCAUCAGCAAAUGACACUGAAAUUGCUGUUACAAAAAUCAGUGCUAUGUUUCCAACUGUCAGUGAAACACACAUUCGGGCAUUGCUUAUCAAGUACCAUCAUCGUGAGGCAGUAGUAAUGAGUGCCCUCCAGGUGGAGAAGUACCCACUGUCAACACCAGGCCCAGGGACAAUUGCCUCUCCACCUGUGGCAGGCCGGCUCUUGGGCCUGGGUCUCGGCCCACCAUAUGAUAGUCCCCGGCUGGCGACUCGUCCACCACAUUCCUCCCCAAAGAUGAAAUUGAGGUACCUGAAGAGUGUAUUUCCAAAAGCAGAAGAAACAGUGUUGCUUGAUAUUUUAAGCAACUCGGAAAACAAUGUACAGAAGGCAUCAGAGAAACUUCUUGCUAUGGGGUUUGAAAAAAGGGACACACCACCUCCACGCCUUACACUCCGCCAGAAAGAGGAUGAACAGAAGGCAACUGAACCACAGGCUGCCACCCCAACACCACCUCCACGCAUGAAGAGUAUUGAAGAGAAGCAAAAAAUGAAGGGACGACUGCAAGAACAGUAUCAGUCUGUACCAGAGCGUGUUAUUACAAUAGCACUGGACAGUGUAGAUUAUGAUGAGGAACGAGCUGCACAUAUUCUGCAAAUAAUGGUGCAGGAAGAUGAACAAAAACCUGUUGAACAAAAACUUCCUCUAAUGCCCCAGCCACAAUCCAGGCCUACUCCACCACCACCAGAUGUUCCAGCUGUGUCACCAACUCCUGGAAGGAAACCUUCUGAGAAGCCACAGUCACGCAGACUCAAAGGAAAGAAAGAAACCCCAAAGGUUUCUAGAGGUACAAGUACUACUGAAGAUAAAGAAUACAAAUCUUCCUAUACAACAAAAGUUACUGGGCCUAACAGGAGUUUGCCAAAAGGACCAAAUGAUGAUCUUCUCUUAACUGAUUACAUGACAUGGAAUGGUCCCAAUCCAGAUAUGGUAAAGGGUCCGGAUCGUUCACUACUCUCAGAACGAAGUUACAUUGCAAGGGGCCCAGAUCCUUCAUUACGUAAGGGUCCUAUAUUUGGUCUGGCAAAGGGUAGCUUGUACUCUUGCCGUCGAGCUGCGCAGACUGAGUCUGGGGAGUCUCGUGGAAAAUAGCGGCCGCUGUUAUGUGGGCUGCUGUAGAACUAACCAGCUAAGUUGUAUUUGUCUCAUUCUCACAGCAGUGCCAUGCUGAGACGGAAAUGAACCUGCAGGUGACACCUUUCAAACAUGUAUUGGUUGGAUCUAUAGUGUGUAAGAAACAAUUAUCGUAUUUUUCUGUAGAUUGCAGUGAUUUAACCAGUAGCCUUGUCACCUGAUACUAACAAAACAUAGUUGUUUCUAUGUAGUGAUUGUUGGUCACCCAUCACUGUGCAAAUUUGUUUUCCUGGUAAACUGGUGUGGACUUGUUACUCCACAGAGCUAUGUGUGUGCUGUAAGUGAUAUUAAUGUUGAAGUAUGUGCAAUAUGGGCUGAAAUGUGUUUGUCAUACUUGUAUUAUUAGUUUUAGGUGAGCCUGUGUGUAGGAGCUACAGCAACUUAAAAGGUCACAACAUAUCUUCUGUGGCUGGUACUGUCUUAUUUUAUUGUAAUAUUUAGGACUAUCUAAAGAAAAAUGUUCCACAAAGUGUGUGUACUAAACAACACAUAUAGUUACUGUAAGCUUCUAUCAUUGGAAUUAUUCUUCAGUUUGAGUGUGUGUUUUGCAAGAAAAUACAGCUCUCUCACAUUUUUCCUGUAAGAGAUAUGGGGACUCUUUACCUUCUUCAAGCAAACCUGAACACAGACAUUUGCCAUUGAUCCAUUUUAAUUCUGUGGAAAU